ACAUCAGUGAGGAGCGGUUGGGUGACGCCAGUGGAACAGACAAUGCUGAGACUUACAGUGACAAAGACACAGACCAAAGGAGUUCCCCAGACAUGACUAAAGCCAAAACCUGCUUCACUCCUGAAAGCCCAGAAAUUGUAUCAGUGGAUGAGGUUGGUUAUGCAGUUCAGAAAAAUGGUGGGAGCACAGAGAGCCGUCCAGAGAGCCCCAAGUAUCAUGCAGAGCAGAACCACCUCCUGAUAGAAGGUCCUUCUGGGACAGUUUCUUUACCUUUUAGCUUGAAAGCCAACAGACCUCCACUGGAAGUGCUGAAAAAGAUUUUCCCUAACCAGAAGCCGACUGUGCUGGAGUUGAUCCUGAAGGGAUGUGGUGGUGACCUGGUGAGCGCUGUUGAGGUUCUCCUGUCCAGUCGGUCUUCAGUGGCCAGCGGGGAGAGAACUUCUGCAGAGCCAGAUGGUCUAGUUCUGCCUUCCAACGGGCACAUUUUUGAACACACGCUGAGUUCCUAUCCUAUUUCCUCUUCCAAGUGGUCUGUGGGCUCGGCCUUCAGGGUCCCCGACACGCUGAGGUUCUCUGCCGAUUCCAGCAAUGUUGUGCCCAAUCCUCUGGCCGUACCUUUGCAGCACCCAUUCCCUCAGCCACCUCGCUACCCGCUGAUGCUGAGGAACACUUUGGCAAGAAACCAGUCCAGUCCUUUCCUGCCUAAUGAUGUCACCCUGUGGAACACCAUGACGCUGCAGCAGCAAUACCAGCUGCGGUCCCAGUACGUCAGUCCUUUCUCUAGCAACUCGGCCAGCGUCUUCCGAAGCUCUCCUGUCCUUCCUUCUCGCUCAUCGGAAGAUCCUAGGAUCUCAAUCCCUGAUGACGGAUGUCCUAUUGUGUCUAAGCAACCUCUUUACACAGAAGAUGAGUAUGAUGAAAGGUCUGAUUCUUCAGACUCGAGAAUACUCAACACGUCUUCAUAGAAUGACUUUGGCAUACGAUAAGUAAAUGAUAUUUGCAUUGCAGCUGAACUACUGAGCCUGAAGAGGAGAGACAUAUACUCUAUGAAACCUUUGCAAUUGUAUUAAAAGGUGACUUUGCUUGGUAUUGUACUAUAGCAAUAAAGACAUAACUUAUUGAAUUUCUUGCACUUCAUUGGAUAAUGCCAAAUAGCAAUACUCUGGCUUUAACUCUGAGUGUGUACUACAAAGGAAGACUUUACGGCCAUCGGUUACGGGACUCUGGAAGAUUCGUAGCAGAAACAGAAGCUCAAGGUCUACUUUGUUCCUUAACUCAGACAACUGGGGAUAUUAAACUAGAAUACUUGAAUGCUGUUUUAUAAGAGAGAACUCCUCAGGACAUAAGAAAUCAAACAAAAGUAGUUCAAUUGCAGACGGACUAAAACAAGGACCAGUCAUCAUCUUUGCAUUGAAAGAAAAGGCAGAAGAAUUAUGCACAUGGAACUAGCAUGAACUGCUUCUGUACUGUUUGAGCUUGGACACUUUUUAGAGAAAUAAUCUUACGAGUUAUUCUUUUCCCAUGGCUAGGUCGAAACGUGUAAUGUCAGUGUAAAACCAAUUACAGCUGUGAAUUGCAUGAAGUGUAUUGUGAAAUGAACACAAGAUUAAACAUUGUCAGGUUAA